UGUUAGUGCAAUCGCGUCGUCCGCGCGUGAAGAAGCAACAAGCGAGGUGCAAAUCUAAUAUAACGGGCACGUGUCGGUUUCCAUCCAUAGCGCUUAAAUAUAUUUACACAUUUAUAUAUUUGCAAAAAAAAAAUACACACAAGGUAAACAAUUGUUAAUUGCGCACAAAUAACAAGACAGAAUGUUCUAUCUAAUUGGACUCGGUCUGGGCGAUAUCAAGGAUAUCACAGUGAAAGGCCUUGAAAUUGUCAAGCAAUGUAGUCGUGUGUACCUGGAAAUGUAUACCUCAAUUCUGGGCUGCAGCCUUGAGGAUAUGCAAGAGUUCUAUGGACGUCCCUUGCUGCUGGCUGACCGUGACCUGGUGGAACAGGGUGCCGAUGAGAUUUUGGCUGGCGCUGGUGAGGCGGACGUCGCCCUGCUCGUUGUGGGCGACCCUUUUGGCGCCACAACGCACACAGAUUUCAUUUUGCGCGCCAAGGAGAAGAACAUACCCUAUAAGGUUAUACAUAAUGCGUCCAUUAUGAAUGCCAUUGGCUGUUGUGGCCUGCAGCUGUACAAAUUCGGUGAAACUGUCUCCAUACCGUAUUGGGAUGAGACUUGGAAGCCGGAUAGCUUUUACGAUAAGAUUAAGCUGAAUCGCCUGCACAAUAUGCACACGCUCUGUCUGCUGGACAUUAAGGUUAAGGAGCCCACCCUCGAGUCGCUGAUGCGCAAACGCAAGGAGUACAUGCCCCCGCGUUUUAUGAGCGUCGCCGAAGCCGCACAACAGCUGCUGACCAUUGUUGAGAAGAAGGAUGCUCUGGAGCGGAAUACAGUGCUAAAUGAGCAGUCGUUGUGCGUGGGCCUGGCACGUGUCGGCCAGGAUACCCAACAGAUUGUUGUUAGCACGCUGCAUGGUAUGCGUGCCACCGAUCUGGGCGGCCCAUUGCACUCACUGAUCAUACCCGCCAAGGAGAUGCAUCCGCUGGAAGUGGAGUUUUUGCAGCAAUACGCUGCCAACAUUAAAUUGGACGAUUAUAAUCAUUAGAGAAUGGCCCACCGCAUUAACUUUAUGUAUUUAAGUGUUUAGGACACAUUGAAUUGAAUUUAAGUAGCUUGAAGCUCCAUGAAGGAUGAGUAAGAUGAGAAAGUGAUAUGCAUACGUAUGUGGUUUCCCCUGCUUAGUUCCAACUGUGUGUAGUUUGCAAACAAUAAUAAAAAAUCGAAUUAUCAACAGAACAAA